AUGAAUGCAACUGAUUUCACGAAUACGCAAAAGACACAUUACACCGUAUAUCCAAAAGUUAAGCGAAGAAAGCUUGAAUCGUCUUCAAGUAUUCCUUUUGUAAAGCUUUUUGAUGGUGAAGAGCCUGAAAACAUUGUGUUCCAGCGAUGGGAGCUAUACCAUCAACUAUAUAACCAAUUUCAUCUAGAAGUGGAUAAGAUAUUAGAUGAAAUUGAGACAGAUGUUUACGGUAAUAUACCAACUGCUAUUACGAAAGCCUUGGAACUAACUAAGGGAAAACAUUUUAGCAGCUUAUGUUUAUUGGGUGCUGAUGGAUCAACCAAAGUCGAAGCACCGAAUGAUAGCAGCAAUUAUAUGAAUAUAUUGGUAGAUCUUACGCCAAAAGAGUCUCCGAAUCUAAGGAUGAUUCUGAGACGAUCUAUGUUUAAGUUGCAUUCUUCGGCAGAAGCCAAAAUGUUGGAUGGAAGUAAAGAUGAAGCAUUAGAUAUUGAUGAAUUCCAUAGCGAUAAGGAACUUGAACCUAACGAUGCAGUCGAAGUUGAUGGUAUAUUAUAUGACCUAUCUAUGAUAGAGGCUUUCUACAAGAGAUAUAAUAAAAAGCUGAAUUUAAUUAUAAACUUUAGAGAUGUGGACUCAUUUUACUUUCAAGUUCUAGAGGAUUUCAUUUGGUUAUUGAAAUCUACAUUAGAAAAUGAAGAGGUGAAUGUUUGCUUUGUAUUUAACAUCAAUACUAAUAUCUCCAAUUUUGAAAAGAACUUAAAGCAACGUACCGUACGGUUGCUAAAAAAGAACUUCCAUACAAUCGACUUAUCGCAUAAUAAAGGUCAUAGAUAUGAAAAUCGCGUCUUCCAGAGUUUUUUAAACACUGUGGAUGGCAAAUUAAACCUGUCUCCUAGAUUUGUGAAGUUUAUUCUGGAUAAAAUGAGUAAUAAGUCGAGCCAAAACAUACAACUACUUAUUAAGAUUUUGGAUUAUUCGCUGAUGUCUUACUUUUACCAGAAUCCGUAUUCAAUAUUUAUUGAUUUGACAAAUAUGCACCAUUUUGACGAUAAAUAUGUUCGAAGCUUAAUCAAAUGUAAUACUUUUAUGACAUUUAUUGAAGGAAUGAUUAGGGAGCAUGCUCCUUCCUCUGACAUUCUUUCAUUGCUUGAGAAUAGAAAUAAAGCUUUAGAGGAGUUUUUUGCGGAAUUUUUGGUAAGAGAUAAUCCGGUAAACAGACAUUUGAAUUUUGCAGUAGACUUGCUUGAGAAUAGAUUGGGUAUAUCUGAUUUCGAUGUGGUAGAAUUAUACUAUCAUUUACUAAUAGGAAAGCUUGAUGAAUUCUUAGAAAAAUGGCCUCAAUGUCAGCAAUGCAAAGAGGAAUUAAAAUUUGAGCCAAUUGCAAUAGUAUUCCAAGAGCUUUUUACCCUAGAUAAUAAUAAUGGACUUUUAACUCAGGCAUUAUUUCCUUUUCUUCGUUCUAAUAUGGAGGAUAAUCUACUAAACUGUGAACGUAUGUUCCCACCAUCAUUGGACAUUACUGAUGGAGUGAAAAAGGUUGAGCUAGAGUUAAAUAAGUUGCUUGACGUACCAAUUUGUCAUCUUUUCAAAUUAUACAGAGAGGCCAAUGCAGUCAUUAACGUGUAUGAUUUUUUUACAGCUUUUAAGGAAUCGCUCCCACAGGAAAAAAUUGUUAAUACCUUAAGGCAAGGUAUUAAAUCUGGGGAAUUACAUUUUCCAGAGGAAAGCAAGAAUAAGCUUCUUAGUGGCAUAUUAAAAUUGUCUGAUUCCGAAGCGUUUGAUAAAAUUGCAUUAUUCUGGUUUAUUCAGUCGGUUUCCGAAUGUCAGUACAUCGGGAUAUUUAGAACACAUCAGUACAAAUCUUAUGAAGCUAUUGAAAAAAUCAUAUGGAGAGGUAUAUGA